CCAGUUCUAAAGAGAGGCUGUUUACCAGAAGAGUAAGGGCAGGUCUGACUGCAAGGCUGGGACCAGGAGGUAGAGCUGCCGCUGAGGAGACCUCAUUUGGACACUGGUUGGUAAAUCACCUGCAGGAAGAAAGAGGCGAGGAUGCUGUUGGCCUGGGUGCAAACAUUCCUCAUCAGCAACAUGCUCCUGGCUGAAGCCUAUGGAUCUGGAGACUGCUUCUGGGACAACGGACACCUGUACCGAGCGGACCAGCCCUCGCCCACGCCAGGCCUCCGCUGUCUCAACUGGCUGGACGCGCAGAGCGGCUUGGCGUCGGCCCCUGAGUCGGGCGCUGGCGAUCAUAACUACUGCCGGAACCCGGACCAGGACCCGCGCGGGCCCUGGUGCUACGUCAGCAGUGAGGCGGGCGCCCCAGAGAAGCGGCAUUGCGAGGAGCUGCGCUGCUCAGAGACCACUUCCCAGGCCCUGCCACCUUCCACCACAGAAACCGAAGAGGUGUCCAAAGUGUCACCCAAAGAUGAGGAGCAAGUAUUUGCUCCUGCCAACGCCCUGCCCGCUCGGAGUGAGGCAGCAGCUGUGCAGCCAGUGAUUGGGAUCAGCCAGCGGGUCCGGAUUAACUCCAAGGAGAAAAAAGACCUGGGAACUCUGGGCUAUGUCCUGGGCAUUACCAUGAUGGUGAUCAUUAUUGCUAUUGGCGCUGGCAUUAUCUUGGGCUACACCUACAAGAGGGGGAAGGAUUUGAAGGAGCAGCAUGAGCAGAAAGUGUGCGAGAGGGAGAUGCAGCGAAUCACCCUGCCCUUGUCUGCCUUCACCAACCCCACCUGUGAGAUCGUGGACGAGAAGACUAUCGUGGUCCAUGCCAGCCAGACACCAGUAGAACUUCAGGAAGGCAGCACCCCCCUUAUGGACCAGGCUGGUACUCCGGGGGCCUGAGUGCCAUCAAUGGGCAGGAGCCCAAGCAGACGCUGGUACAGGACAACCCAUCCCCCUGUUGCCGGGGGUGAUCUACACUUUGUGUUGUGGUGCCAACCUGAUUCCUACUUUUUUUUUUUUUUUUUUUGGAUCCUAAUAACUGACAAGAAGCAGUUGACACUGUGAGUGGAGGGCAAGGCUGGGGUAAGGCCCUACUAGUGCUCCUUCUCCACUCCUUGGAGCAGGAUUUCGCUAGUAGGAGUAGUGGCAGCUCCCACAGUGGUGCUCCGCCAAGGGCUUCCUGACUCUGUCCCUGGAACUGAACCAGGGACAGACAGGGAGCUCCCCCAGGCUCUUCUGUGCUUUACUAUCUAAGACAGUCUCAGUCUCUGCCUGUCCAUUUGUUCUCUGUGGGCUCGAAUGGCAUACACUGUUAUUCAUAGUUAAGGUCAAGGGGCAACCUUGAAAAAACAUAUUUAGUUUUUUUAAAUAUUUGGGGUUGGAACUCCCUACUGACUGCUGAGAACCAGAAGUGAGUUUGUACAAAAGUCAGAACUUUGGGCUGAGAACGGGGAUCCAGGCUGGAAGCUGCUGGGCGUGCUCCAGCUCGCCGGCAUUGAUGUGCCUUGACAACCGUGGGCCAGGCCUGGGCCCCGGGCUCUUCCUGCUUAAUAAGGAAAGGAAGGGAAGAAUUGCACUGAACAUUCCACUUAGGGAAGAGGGUAGAGAAAGGUCCACUCCUCCGUUAGGCCACAGGGGCAGAAGUGGACUGGGGUGCCCCAGACAGUCUCUUUUCAGGGGUCCAAGUGACCUCUCUUCAUUUUGCACAAGGGUAAGAAAGCAGCUAGCUCAUCCAUGUAUUUACCUGCAAGUGCUUGAGAGGAGACAGCUUGUCUCUUUGAACUUCUGCAUUUCCCACCAUGGGGCUGUGUGAGCUGCAUCUGAGAGGUUUGCCUGGAAACUAAGCUCAGAGGCAAGGUUAUAAAGCAUGCAGGGCUUGCCCCUAUAGUGGGCUUGUUUGCAGGCGGUCCUGGGGCAUCCAGGCCAGUGCCUUCUCGGGGGACAGUAGGGCUAGGGUCACAACCCCUAACUUGUAAAACAAUCACUGAACCAUUGGAAAGGGCCGUAGGGUUCUUCAAGCCUACAGGGACCCAGAGAGGGAAGUGAUUGCCCAGGGUCACAGAGCAAAGUACUGGCUUGGCCAGGAGCUGGGCUUCCCAAGUAGGCCAUCCUCCACCGCACUGUGCUAGUGGCUCAGCAGGGCCCAGAGGCUCUGACGUCACACUGGAAGCCUUGGCAGUACUCCCCAGCCACAGUGGUUCCUUCCCAGUCUUUCCACGGCCUGACGUGGAGCGGGGUUAGUGGGGCCCAUUCCCUUCAGCAGGCUGUCCUAGAGCUAUUUGUUGAGGGGAUCUGGACCUCAGGGGUCCCUUGGUAUAGGUGACAUUGGAGAAAAGAACAUUACUGGUUUCUACUUUUUUACAAAAGCAUUUUUCUGUGUACAUGUUUUAUAUACCUCAUUCUGACACCUGUGUAUAAAGUGCGGGAAAUUGCUCUACAUUUGACUUAUUAAAAGAAAAAAAAUGACUCCAUGUUGCCAAGUUUUUUGUGCACAGGUUGGGAAGUUUCAGAUUACUCUGUCAGCACCUCAGAUGGCGAGCUCUGGCCUUCUCUUCAUUCACCCUGGCCUGUCACUGGAAGCUGGUAACUGCAGCCUCCUCAUUGUAUCAGCACCUGCAAUCUUUCAAGUUGAAGCUAUAGGAAGGAUAUGUGUAUGAUGUCCCAAGGAGGUGGUUGGCCAACGCUGGUCCUCUCAAGCGGUCCACACUUCCCAGGUGGAUGCAGUUAAAAUGAACAUCCAUGGGGCAGGCAGAUGGUGUAGCGGUUACAUCACUGGACUCCUACAUGGCCGACUGGUUUGAGUCCUGGACCUGGUGGCUUGAAAAUCAUGCUGGGUAUGUGUGCAUGCUCAAAAUCUGUUUGGCUAGUGCUAGUGCCCUAAGGCAAAAAACCUCUUAAAAAACAAAAUAAAAAACCAUCCAGACAGCCUUCUCAGGGCCUGAAGACAAGGAAGGUGGGGAUAGAGCUGUAGCAGCCCAAGGAGUGAUGGUGUACAGAAGGGGAAGGGUUGCUGGGCUGCCUGGAGCUGCUCUGGACUGAGGAAGGUCCCUGUGGAAUGACUCCUAGGGCUCUGAAGGAAACUUACUAAUGGUAGUCUUUCCUGGACUUUUAACAUGGGGUUUCAGCAACAGGUUCUCAGCCUUACUGAUACAGUGUCCUCUGUCCAUGCCCAGAGACGGCUCUGUGGUCCUGCAAAUGGGCACCCAGGUCAUCAGUUUUUUUCAGGUACCAAAUUCUGCCUUAAAUUGCAUUCCUCAAGCUUUGGGAAAGCUUAGGAGAAAUCAUUUUUGGGGUUAUGAAUUUUAUCACACCCAGGACCCCACUAGAUAGUAUCAUACUGCUUAAUGAUUGUCACUCAUGUGCAGAAGUUCAAAGAGAUAAGCUGUCUCCUCUCAAGCACUUGCAGGGAAAUACAAGGGGUGGACUGACUUGCAUUCAUUUCUCCCCAUUAUAAGGAUGACACCCAGUCCUGCAGAAACUGCAGACACCCAGGCUGUAGAAAUAUCCGUAGGUAUAGGGCAGUCUUUAAAAAGUUCAUGGGAAAUUAGUAUAAAUAAACUAUGCAUGGGUUCAAAAAAUUUUUUUGCACAAAAUAAAUGUGAAUUUUAAUUUUCUAUGAACUAAUUGAAGUCCUCUUCUAUUUCAGGGCGAGAGUGUAGGAUUCCUAAGGGAUGACUCAGCUAGCAGAUGGGAGAUAGGCAGAGCAGUUUCGUGGGGCCUAUAUGAGGCCACAGACCUGUUCCAAGGAAAGGGCUGAUUCAGGUAGACAGGCACAUUCUUUGGAGCAGGUUGGUAUCUUCAUAGGGAAGAGAGGAUGAAGUGGGAACAUGAGGAAGUCCCUGCUCUGAGGAGUGGGGGAUCCUGUGGCCUGAACCUGGUAUGCAGGAGACCCUCCACAUUUAUCUCCCCAAGAAAGGUCACCUGCUCACUCUCAGUUGUCGGUUAUGUUAACUGCUUCAUUUAUUUAGCCUGAAUGGCCCAGCUUGGGCCCACCACUCCCACGCUUGCUGGGGACAGCUGUGGCACAGCCACACACAGCUGAACUGUGCCACUGCUGGGAGUCCAGGGCUCAACUCUACAGCAAGCCUGCAAACUCCACACGUUAAGCACAGUCUAUAUAGCAAGUAAACUCUGGCCAGAGAUGACAUCUGAUCCCAAAACUCAUCAGAUCUAUGUACAGUAUUUCACAUACCAUCCCACAGACAGAACGUCAAGAUAAUAGUAACAGCAACCACUCUCCUGGAUCACUCCCCCUCCCCCCAAUAAAACCACCACAAAUUGCAUUAAUACCCCAAACCCAUUCCCAAUUUGUUAAAUAGCGUGUGAGCUCACGGACACUUAGGAGGCAAGUCUAGUUGUGCUGAAGAAUCCCUGGAGCUCUGGGAGCGAAGGUGGAGGGUACCUCCGGCUUUCCAGUGCCUGUGGCCCUGGAGUGUGGCUCAGGAGGCUGUGCUAGGAGCUGGUGAGCUGGGCCAGCCAACAGGGAGGUAGAAACCAGAUAGCCCAGCUCAGGGAGCUGUCUCUCUUGGCAUCUCAGCUCUGAGACUCUGCCACCACCUCUUCUGCAGUCCAAGUUGCUGCCUGGACCAGGCACAUAGAAAGGUGAGCAGUAGCUGCCGCAAAGAAAAGGCCAAGGGAUUGCUGAGACUCCCGCUCCUCUGCCUCAGACCCUAGGGCUGUGACAAGCCACGCUGUUCUACUGUUCUCCGGAACUCAUCUACUUCUAGGCAAAAUGUCUUGGGCUUCUGAUUGAGGAGCCCACUGGGGUGUGAGUAACAAGAGGGGCAGGGCCUCUUGCUAACCCCAACUUCUUCCUGCACCUAUGGGAACUGCUUAUUGUAGACAGAAAGGGUGCUGCCCAGGAGUUCUUAGCUGUCUCCAGCAGUAGUUUGAGAACACGAGGUGAAAACUCCUCCUGUCAUUGAUGUGGUUUCUGGGCUGGCUAGUCACCCUGAAAGGUGAAUACAAACCAGCCUUUUCCUUGACUUCUGGCCAGUUCUACCAUACACUAAGAGACUCUUCGAAACCUACUCACUCAACCUCUGCCCUGGGAGGACAGGCCCUGAAGAGGAAUGGGGAGCAUCACUGGUGUUUCACACCCUUUGAGUGCC